AUGGGAUUCGACCCUUCAUCUGCCACAUUCAUGAAAGCACUGUACGUGAUAUCAGUGACGGACACAUUGAAAUGGGAACAGAAGAUGGAAUUUUAUAGCAAGUGGGGUUGGACUGAAGAUGAUGUGUUGUUGGCAUUUAGAAGGAGUCCCUUGUUUAUGUCCUUCAGUGAGAAGAUUAUAUCCAGUAAAAUGGAUUUUUAUGUGAAUACAAUGGGUUGCCAGCCCUCAGAUGUGGUUGGAUGUCCAGAUGUUCUAACUUACAGUUUGGAGAAGCGAAUCAUACCUAGGUGUUCAGUUAUCAGACUUCUCCAGUUAGAGGGCUUAAUCGCAAAGGAAGAUGUAUCUAUACUUACCAUUCUGCAGAAAAGUGAGAAGUGGUUCUUGGAAAGGUUUGUGAUCAAAUAUCAAGAGCAAGUACCUGAAUUGCUGACAUCUUACAAGGAAAAAAUCAGUCUUGCAAAGUUUGGCUUAGGAUUAGAUGAAAGAGGUGGAGUGAAACAAGUCUAG